GAAAGAGGAAAAAGUGUAAAAAGUUUAUACUAGCUAAAUAAAGUGUUGUAUGACGAAAACAGCAACAUCUGACAUCUGUCUACGUCCGAUUCCAUACAAUUCCAUAUUUAUGGAGACAGUUUAGCUAGAAGAGACAAAUCUACAAUCUUCAUUUUUGAACAAGAUAUUUAACGCGGUGAUUUAAUAUAAGGGAUAAAAUUGGCAUUUUGAUCCUUAUAUCUUGAUUGUUUCGAUAAUGUUUACUAACAAGAAAAACAGCUUGCCAGCGAGGCCUCACAUGCCAAGCCAUGAACACAUGCUAGAAGAUCUCGAUAGAGCCGUAGUGGACGACGUGGCGUUUAAAAUCGCAAAUGAGUGUAUGAAAGAAUCUUAUAGUUCAACGAGAGUUAAUAACACUGACGAUAUAUACAAACAAGUGAAAACAUAUUUGACUACCAAACAGCAGUUAAAGCAGUUGGAAUGUAUCUUAAAGAAAGAAAGUCAUCAAAUGCAUGCAAAUAAUGAAGAAAUAAAGAGGCUCGCGGAUGACAUUAGGAAACAGGCAGAAGCUGCUCUGAUCAAUCCCAAUGAAAUCUAUAACAAGGCACAAGUAAUAACUUAA